GCCAUCUAGCCACAAGUUUCCUACGCAGGACGUUCUUGAAUUCAAAUUUGAACAUUGCAGCGUUCUAUACAUCACCAGCGACUACUUCUUGGCAUUUCCUAGCCUUCAAGUCAUAAAAGGAGGUUACAACCAGAUUUCUAGUCCAUUCUUGCUACCUCGAGGAGUUAUCAAAGUCCAUCUAAAUGACAAUAGCAUUAAAUCAGUGACAGAUUUCUUCCAAAGGAAUGGGUCCACUUUGUCUGAUUAUAACAUACAAGAGUUAUAUCUGACUCGAAAUCGAAUUCAUACUAUCAAGUCUGGUGACUUCUCAAAUUUGCCACACUUGCGCCGUUUCGAACUACAGGGCAGCAAUAUAGAUGCAAACUCUUUAAAGACGCUACGAAGGCUUGGAUUUCGUAGUGGAGAGCUGAUGGUUAAUCUUUACAGUAACAUUCUACCUGAACUUCAAGAGGAUUUUCUUAUAUUGCCGGCAGUCACUAAACUAAAACUAGCACUUUGUGGCAUAGAGCAAGUUCAUCGCGGAGCAUUCAGGCAUCUUUCAAAUUUGCAAAAUUUGGACAUGUCAAAAAACAAAAUAACUCAGUUUCCACCUGGAAUCUUCAAUCGCACGGAGAAAUCAUUUAUUAAAUUGGACUUGUCUUUCAACCUACUUACGUCGUUCAGCGGUGCUCUAUUCAAGAAACAGCAACAAAUAUUAUAUCUAAGUCUAUUCCACAACCAUUUGCACGAAAUUGAAGACUCUCUAUUUGAAACAGUCACCAUGAUAUUUACUCUUGAUCUGUCUUUCAACUACUUGACGUCACUUCCUCGAAGCUUAUCAAAACAGUACUUUUUGUCAAAAAUGUUCUUGGUCGGAAAUCGUCUGAAAACAAUUAGAAGUUACUCUUUUACGAACCUCGUUUUUCUUCGUGAAUUGUACCUCAUGAGAAACAACUUGUCACACAUUGAAGCAGAAUCGUUUCACGAUUUGAAAUUACUCAGAAAAUUAUAUUUGAUUGACAACAAUCUAACAUCUUUGCCUAUCGAACUGUUUAUGCCUUUGACCAAUUGCACAAUAUGGUUAAAUUGCUGCAUGUUGAAACGACUACCAAGAGUUAAUGACAAAGUGAAUAUACAAUGUGUAACAGAAGGAAAUGGAGCUGUUAUGGAAAAUCUCAGUGAAGAAGCUGCAUCUACUUACUCUCAAUCAGGAUUUACUUGCCAUGAAACUGAAGCUGAAACGAAUCCAUACAUUUACAAUUGCAGCGAAUGCCCUUCCGGAACAAAUGCUACUAACACUAAUGGCAAAAUUGAUGGUAAACUUGGCAUUUGCAAAUUUUGUCCAGCAGGUGGCUGGUAUCAAGACCAAGCUGGACAGAAAGAAUGCAAAAAGUGUGUAGACGGUACUUAUGUCCAACCGUUUAAGAUACCAGGUCGAACUCCACUAGAUUGCGCAGUUUGUCCGACGGGAACAAACACAAGAGUUCAUGCAGGAUUCAGAGCCUGUCCUUGUCUUGACGGUUACUACAGACUUGACAGAUUCGGUCCGUGCUUUGCAUGUAAUGCCACAUCUGAAGGACUUGCAUGUCGAAAUGACUUUCCUACAGUUAUGAGUGGAUACUGGUGGUCUUGGGAACACUCAAGUAAUCAAGAGAAAUUUGUGAAUUUUGUCAGAGAAAUUCAAUUCAGAGAUGACUCGUAUAGCAAUGAAUCGGUUAGUUUUAAGGGAGACUUACCAAUCGUCUAUCGCUGUCCUCUGGCAAAGAGUUGUAAUGGUGGCGUGACAGAUGAAGAAAUGUGUAUGAAGGGAUAUUCCGGUCCGCUCUGUUCUCUCUGCGACAACGGAUAUUUCUUUUGGUCGAGCGAGUGCGUCACGUGUCCACCCGUUUGGCGUAGUUGUUUACAACUAGCGUCUAUUGGGUUGCUCUUCGUGCUUUUUCUGUUUCUUCUCUUCAAGGUAGACAAGCUGGCAAUGAGAGGUAAACAACAAGCGGCAACCGUUGUCGAUCAGAUCGCCUCCAAAGUCAAGAUAAUCGUAGGAUUUGUUCAAGUUAUGGCUGGCGUUCUUUCAGCUCUGCGCUAUGUACCUUGGCCUGAGAUUCUUCUUGCUGCCGGCGCUUGGUUAAAAUCCAUCGAACUGAACGUCAUAGAAAUAGCCACUCCAUCUUGCCUUAGUUCGCGCUUACGCCUUAACGCGCUGCAAAAGACCGUCGUCAAUCUGACGGGUCAAUGUCUGCUUUUGCUAUUGGUCUUCGCAUACUACUGGAUUCGUUAUUGUGCCGUGCCGCAUUGUUGCCCACGCUUGCGAAGUGACGACCGGAGUCGCUCUUUAGCCAGGAGGUCGUGCAUGAGAAACAGCUGGUGGAUUAUGUUUCUCUGUUAUCCAUCUGCAACGGCUCAGAUUAUGUCCACUCUACCAUACAAAGUGUGGACAUGCCAUCAGAUUUGUCAUUACCGUGGUCAGCAGGACUGUCCUUGGUACUUAAAGGUCGACAUGAGUAUACAAUGCGAUUACUCAUCACAAGGAAACCACAGAGUUCUCUUUCUAAUUUGCUGGUCUAUGUCUGUCUACGUACUGGUUUUACCUCUACUGCUGCUGUUUGGUCUUUAUAAAAGGCACAAAAUUCCAAGUGAUAAUUCGAAUGAUAAUGACGAAUUUAUUCCUCUCCGCAAUAGACGAAAUAGUGCUAAAGAUGACAUUUUCAGCUCACUACAGUUUUUGGAUGAGAACUACGAAGCAAAGUUUUGGUUUUGGGAAUUAUUAGAAAUCGCUAGAAAAUUUCUUCUUACAUGUGGAAUCCAAUACUUCGGUGGCAAAAGUCUUUCCGGCGUUGCCAUAGCAGCAAUGAUUGCUAACAUUUUUCUCGUUCUUCACGCGCACUUCAAACCAAUUAAGCGAAAAUCAGAGCAGCUGCUGCAGCUUCUCUCUCUUAUGGUCAUUUCUCUCAGUCUCAUGCUUGGAACUCUAAUUGCUCUCCAAGAUGCGACCUCUAACAUUCUCGCUGUAGAAGAUGCUUAUGAUCGCAAAGUGUUCUCUAUUGUCGUCAUGCUUGUCAACGGUCUCUUUGUUUUAUUUCUGAUAGGGCGUUUGGUAUUUUGUGGCUAUAAAGCCAUGAAGACUGUUCGUGAAAGCGAAGGUAGUUGCAAACUACUUCCAUGGCUCAUACAUUUCUUUGUCGAUGAGGAGGCUUACACCGAAACGCGUGUGAGCACACAAUCAUUCGAGCAGCAUUGCAAUGAAAUGUCUGCUUUUGCAGAUGAUGAGUUGGAAGAUCCAUGAGAGUAUACUACUUGUUCAUUGAAUAACAUUGAUUUCUCUCUCUAACUAUAUUAGAAUCGCAGCUUCUUAGCUUCUUUGAUUUUCGUCCGUGCACAUAGGAGUACGUUGGCAAUAGAUUAAUUAUGAAGCACUCUUAGGCAUUCUUUAGAGGCAAUUGCUAUUAGAUGAUUGUAUGCACCAUGUUAUCUAAGUCAAACACAAUUGAAAAAUAACAACUUGAAUUAC